GGUAUCGGAGCGCGUGACGGUGGCGUCGGGGAACGCGGAAGUGUCCCUGCGAUGGAGUCGCGGUGCGCGCCGCUGCUGCCGCUGCUGCUGCCGCUGCUGCUGCACGCGGCGCGCGGAGAGGAACGCGGCGCCGCGUGCCCGUGCCCGGUGCAGACUCUGUGUCUCCCGCCAUCGCUCACUCCGGCCUAUGAGGUCUACGUGUUCCAUGUUGGAGGGAAAGAUUGGAUGUUUUAUGACUGGACUAAAGUCACAACAGUGGCCAUCUUCAGCGGGUUUGAUGCAGCGCUCAUGUGCUACGCUCACUCAAAGGGGGCUCGCGUUGUUUUAAAAGGGGAUGUGGACGUGCAGAGUGUGGUGGAACCCGCGGCGAGAGCUCGCUGGGUGCAGCAACAGGUGGAGCUCGCACAGAGCCACUUCAUGGAUGGGAUAAACCUGGACAUCGAGGCGGCGGUGGGGAACUCGAGCGCGGAGCGCGCGGCCCUCACGGCGCUGGCGCAUGAGACCACCGCCGCCUUCCACUCGCAAAUCCCUGGCUCGCAGGUGACAUUUGAUGUUGCUUGGUCUCCUGACUGCAUCGAUGGACGUUGCUAUGAUUACCCAGCCAUCGCAGAAGCUGUGGAUUUCCUCUUUGUGAUGUCCUACGACAUGCAGAGUCAGAUCUGGGAAGAUUGCAUAGCUAUGGCUAAUGCACCAUAUGUUAACACUGUGCAAGGCUAUGAGAAAUACAUUUAUCUCGGCAUCGCGCCUGCGAAGCUUGUGAUGGGCAUUCCCUGGUAUGGUUACGACUACCCCUGCCUGAACCUGUCCGAGCAUGCAGUCUGCUCCAUUCCCAAGGUGCCAUUUCGUGGGGCGCCAUGUAGUGAUGCAGCGGGAAAACAAAUCGCGUAUAAACGCAUUGUGAGGAUGCUUAAUGAGUCGCACACGGCGCCACAGUGGGACGACAAACAGAAAGCUCCAUACUUCACAUAUAAGAAUCGCACAGGUGCAAUCCACCAGCUGUGGUACGACGAUCCCAAGAGCCUCGCAAUCAAGGCCGCUUACGGGAGGUCACGUGGGCUCCGUGGCAUUGGAAUGUGGAAUGGAGACCUCCUCGAUUACUCCCAAGAUCCAUUAUGCCAAAAUCAAACGCAAGAAAUGUGGGCAGUAUUGUAAAAUAAACUAUUGUGAUUUGAGAUGAACACGAUCAUGGCAAGUUUUAGCUGCGUCUCAACGAGCCUAUCAUCAGCCAAUGCCUAUCAUCAUCACGACUAUGUUAACCACCACCAUUACUAACCUCACCAUCAAUAUCAUUGCUGGAACCUAGUCGGGUUCCUGCAAUCACAAUACGUAACAAUUCUUACAUUUAAAUAUGACUAU